GUGUGGUAGGAUGAUAUGAGGCAGACAGGUGGCGGUGAAGGUAGAGGCGCCUUCCCGCGUGUGGUCGUGGCAGUAAACAUACACCAGCUGACCCGACGUUCACUGACAGCCGCCACUUCACCAUGGGACUCUUCAGCUUGGACGUGCGAAGCAAACUCCAGCAAGCUGAGAUCACAGUCUUCACAGCGUGUCAUGGCAGGUGCAGGGUUUGACAUCUACCGGAAAGUCCCCAAAGACCUAACACAGCCCACAGUGACCGGUGCAGUGAUCAGCAUUUUAUGUGUUGCCUUCAUCCUGUUGCUGCUGUUCUUGGAGUUCUUUCAUUUCUUGUCUGGUGAGCUUGUCCAAGAAUUGCAUGUUGAUAACCCUGGAGAGACAACAGAGAGAAUUCCAGUGUACAUUAAAGUAGAGUUGCCUCGUCUGAAGUGUGAUUAUAUUGGUUUGGAUAUUCAGGAUGAUCUUGGCCGCCAUGAAGUUGGGUUUGUGGAAAACACAAACAAAAAUCCCAUUGGUGACAAAGGGUGCAUGUUUGAAGCAAAUUUCUUCAUAAACAAGGUACCAGGGAACUUCCAUGUGUCAACACACUCAGCAGACCGACAGCCGGACGAGAUUGACUUUGCUCAUGUAAUUCAUGAGUUGCGCUUUGGAAAGAAACUCAACCACCCAGAUAUUGUGGGCAAAUUUAAUCCUCUUCACCAACACUCCAAGCUUGAUGGGAAUUCCUUGGAGUCUCAUGAUUAUGUUAUGAAAGUUGUGCCAACCAUACAUGAGGAUGCUAUUGCCUACCAGUACACCCAUGCUUACAGGAGUUACAUUUCCUUUGGGCAUGGUGGUCGUGUGGUACCGGCUUUGUGGUUCAAAUAUGAUCUCACCCCCAUCACAGUCAAAUAUCUCAGGAAGAGACAACCCUUCUACUCCUUCAUUACUAAGACAUGUGCAAUCAUUGGUGGAACCUUCACAGUAGCUGGCAUCCUGGACUCUCUAGUCUUCUCAGCUUGGCAGAUCAUCAAGAAAAUAGAGAUUGGAAAACAGAGCUGAAUCUUUUUUGUAUAUAUAGUACAUACAUAUACAUCUGAUAUGAGUGUAAGUAUGAAUACAUUUUCAAUUCUUUCUUACAAAACUUUAUCGAAUUUGUAUGUUUGACCUCUCAUGUUUGAUAUUAAAGAUGUUAUCUCCA